AGAUAAUAAUAAUUAAAAAUGACGAAAAAAGUUUCUUUCAAUGAAAAUCUGGAGAUAUGUUCAGAAUCUGGAAGUCUUGAGGUAGGGAAUGACAAUAUUGAAAUGAGUAUAAAUAGAAAAGAAAAGAGGAAGCGUAAAUUAGAUGAUGUUUAUGUGAAACCUAAGAAAAAAGGAAAAAGCGAGGAAAUUGAGAGUACUAUGGAAAAUGAUAAGAAUAGCAGUAAUGUCGUGGAUAACGAAGAUUUGGAUGACAUUGUAGUCUCUAAAGAGGAAAGCGAUAGGUUUACUGGGAAAUUUUUAAGAGAUUCGUUUAGUUCAUCGGAAGAUUUUCUAAUGCUUAAUAAAUUUGUCGCAAUAUGUCAUCAAAAUGGCAAAAGGGAUUUAGCGGCAGAGUUUUUGCGAGCGGGUGGUACUGUUCUUGAAAUUCUGAAAUCACUUGAUAUAUCGGAGAAGAAGAAUAUCAACAAUACAUGCGUUGUAUUUUCAGCAAUGCAUAUUGUUAUAAUGAAAAUAUUAGCUAAAUUUCCACAGAACCAAUCAAAUGCUGAAGAAGCAUGCCGUCAUUUGAUUAAUACCCAUCUUGUCUCGAUACAUUCGAUGCUCUCUAGUCAUGGGAAGGCGAAACAUCGUAAAAUUAUUCUAAAAUUAUUAGCUGCAAUUGUUUCGUUAGGUGGAAAGUUACCGCGCGAAUUAUUAAAUCAUUUAUCGCUGCACUCGCAGCUCGUUGAAAUGCUAGUUUCCCAUUCUAAGCCUACCGAUCGUGAGAGCGUGAGAACGUGUUUUAUAUAUUUUAUACUCGCAUUUUUGAUCGAGGGCAAUGCAACUGACAUUCGAGCGUUACUUGAGAAACGCGGUGUACUAUCUAGUAUUUUUUCUGGUUUACUAUACGAUUAUUCCGACAUUGUUCAACUCGUAUUAAAAACUGUUAAAAAAUAUGUCUUAGAAAAUCCUACAAUAACUAAAACUGUAAAAUUACAUGUAUUUUCAACUACAGUUGUUCAAGAGAUUUUUAAUUUAUACAAUUGGAAAGGUCCUAAGAAUUGGUCUAGUCAAGCUCAUAAGAAACAAAAAUUUGUAACAGAAUGUAUCGAUGCAGAAGAUAAGGAGAUUACAGUAAACUGUGUUCAUGAUUUUUUAAUAACUCUAUUAACUUCUACAAGGCAUGGUAUUGCUUUUCACGAUCGAACUCUUGGAACAGAUUCGAAAUAUAAGCACAAUCAGUUGAUUAGUACACUUUUACAAAAUCUGGAUAAGCCUUGGGAACACGAGAAACAGUCGGACUUAAUAAUUAAAAUCUUAACAGUGUGUCCCGAUUUAAUUAAAUUACAGUUAAUUCGCACGGAGUCUUACUUAGUUCCUAGAGUUUCAAAAAAAUGGAUCGAUACCAUACAUUUUAUUAGCAAGAUAAUUAGUAACAUUGACAUAGAAAGCUGUUUACGAUUUUGUUCUUUAGAUAUGACAGAAAUACAAUUUAUAAAUGCAAUUUUAAAUUUAAUAUUACCCUCUGUCGUUAUUAAAACAGCAAUAAUACCAUCCUUGGAGCAUAGUAGUUUCAUAAUUCAUCAUGAAAUUAUUAAUCUUUUAUUAGUUAUGAUUAAGAAAGUUGAACAUUUUGUAUCAAUUUUUGAAAGUAUGAAGUUUAGCGUCUCUGAAAUUUCCACUUACAAAGGCAUUAUUUCAGAACACAUAUUGAAACAUAUACCAAAUAUUGACUCCAUUAUAAACUUAUGGACUAAAACAUUGUCCUCCAAUGUAGAAGAGCGAAAUCUUGAAAUGCAAGAGAAUGUAGAUUUUCACGUGAAAGAUCAUUUACAAACAAUUCUAAAUCUUCUACAAGCUUAUUGUGAAAUUUGUCCUGAAAUUUUUUUAACAACUAGUUCUCCAAAUAUACAAAAAGAAUGUAUCGUAUUGUUUACUAAUUUCUCUAACAUAGAAGAUCUUACAACAGAGGAAUUGAUUACUAUGAAAGUCAAGACUAUAAAAAUUCUCUUAUUUUCCAAUAUAUUAAGCUUUCUACCAAAUGAGGAAAUUUUUAACAGUGCUCUAUCAUUUUUAAUCACUCAAAUUGGAAAUAAAGAUACUUCUUUGGAUUAUGAAAUACGUGAAACGAUAAAUGUGUUGUUAGAGAAAUCUGGAAUAUUUGAAGGGUAUAAUGAUCAGAUUGAAAUUUGGAUCGACGGCAUCACGUAUUUCAAAAGUCUUGAGAAGGUUGAAGUUGCUAAUUGGAUUACAAAAAUCAUUAAACGUGUGUUUAAGCAUAAUGAUAAGUAUGCGUCAUUAAUAUUUGAAAUUGAACGAAAUUCUGGAGAGAAAGUUGAUAUAAAUGUACAAGAAAAGAUAUUUAAAGAAUUAAGCGAAAGAAAUUUUGAUGACGUGAAAUUGGUAUCUUCCAUGUUACCGGUUACUUCAAUAUCCUUAAUUUUGUAUGCCGCAAUAGAGAAUUUAAACAAGAAGCCUUCAUCUAUUAUAGAACGUUACAUAUCAAUUGUUUUGACACAUUUAUUUCAUUGUCAAAUAUCAACAAAUUCGUUUAUUAAUUUGGUAAAAGAGUUGAAUAUCCCUAUGCAGCGAUACUUUAUCAGUUGGUCGAACGAUGCUCUUAUAACCCCAACGAGCAAGCCUUUCAAAUCAAACAGUAUUUUUCAGAGCAUAAAUAGAUUGCUACUAAAUUCCGAUCAAACAUAUAAAGUAUAUUCCAACGAAAUGCAAUUAUAUAUUGAAAUUAAUGAGAAUGUAUUGGAGUAUACGCCAACUAAUUUUGAAAUAAAAGCUGCAUUCCGAAUGAUAAUUUUUUAUCUGACGCAAUCGCUACAGAAAGCUAAUACAGAAAUUAAUAAUACGACAGUCUAUACAGAUACUUUAUUAUCGCUCAUAAAAAUUGCGGCUAGAAAAGAAAUGGCUUCAACAAAUUUAAUUAGUUAUUGUGCCGUAUUAUUUGUAGACAUUUGUUCUUUAUUUUAUGACUUAAACAAACAGUCUAUACUAUCGCAAUUUAUGAAACCUUAUCAGGACAAGUUUAUCGUUCAGUUGAAGCAUGCCAUUAAUGUAGAAAAAGCUAGUAAUUUACAAAAAGAGGUACAGGCACAUCUAAAAUUAAUUCAGCUAUUGCAAUUAAAUAUUCAAGUCUCUAUCGGCUUAUUGGCUACAAUUAUGAAGUUACCGAAAGAACAUUUUGUAAUCUCCAAUAAGAUUCCAAAAUUGUCGAUUUGGGGAAUUAUGAUUCACAAGUUGAUAGAGCAAUUUUUUAUAGAAGAAGUUAGAAUGGAAUUAAGAGGUUCGUUUCCCACCAUAAAUGAUAAUCUGCUAAAAAAGUUAUUUUCUUAUUGGAUAGAAUUGAAAAUGACAUGUAAAGAAGAUAUAGAAUUAUGGGAAAGUAGCAUCUAUACUUAUCUAUUAAAAUUUCCUCACAGCAUUGCAUCUAUCGACCAAAAGACAUUCACGGCAAUAAUAAAAACUGGUAUAACGUCAAAAACUAUUAAGAUACUUAAUUUACUGACUGAAAGGAAUUCUAAAUUAAUUCCAACAUUUAUCAAUUAUGCAAACGACAACGAAGACAUUAUUUCUCACAAGUCUCUAAUUUUUUCAAUAUUAUCAAGUAAUUUAAAUUAUAAAUGGGACAAAGAAUUUCUUAAAAAAAUCUGUAAUAUUUAUAAUAUGGAUAUUCUCAAUUUUUUAACUGGAUUAAAAUCCAACGAUUAUUCGUGGAUAAUGGAGAAUGUAGAUGCAGUGUCAUAUUUAAUUGACAAUAGUUUCGAACAAAAAGCAUGUGACGAAGUGUGUGAAACGAUUUUAUCCAAUGGCAAUCAGUUAGACGAAAUUCAAGAAGAGCGUAUAAAAUUACUUGCAAAUGUGUUUAAGAAAGGUUUAAAAAUAAAACCAGAUAGUUUAAAAGAUUUUGUCCAGAUAGUUCUUCAUGUAACGGUAACGUCAUUGAAAAGGGAUUCUAAAAAUAUUGGAAAAUUAGAAUUCCUUUGUAAAACGCUGAAUGAUUCUAUCGGUACCUUGAAAUUAGAGGACAAUUUUGAAUUUGAAGAACUGAGCAAGAAUUAUUUUUGGUGUCAAUUCAUUCGGAUAAGCUUAAAAUCAGGCCUUAAAGUGACAAAAGAAAACAACAACAACAACAAUAAUAAGGCAUUUUUAUUGAAAGCUUUAGUUGCAACUUGCAGUGUUGCUUAUAAAGAUAAUGGUAAUGAGGAAUAUGUUAAAACUAUAUUUGACAUGACCACUUCACACUCGGAAUUUACGAAUAUUAUGUUGAGCAAUGCAAACAUUAAGAACGAUCUCACGGAGUUACUAUGGAUCUUAAUUAGGAAAAAUAAUACGAUAAUGUUGAUAAAACAUAUCCCUCUUUAUUUAGCCUCGUAUAAUGCAACAUUAGAUACGAGCGAUCAAUUUCUUUUGAAGAUUCUUCAACAUUACGAAAACAAUGGAAUAAAAUUAGAUCAUUAUCGACCUUAUUUGUGGAGCAAUGCCGCUGCAUUUCAGUAUAGCGUGAAAGGUGAAAUGGACACAGCCUUGUGGCGUCAACCCACAACGUCUCAAGUAUUAGAUAUACUUGUUCCAGAACUAGUUACAAGUACAAUUAAAAAUUUUCCAAUUAAACGCGAUUUAAAGUGCAAUAUUACAAAUACAAUUUGUAUUGGAGAUCAAGUGUACGAUCCUGCAUUCUACUUGCCAGUGUUUACUCAAUUACUCGCAGACAAUAAUGUAAUCGCUUGUCAUAAAGUGAUACACAGCGGGGCAUUGGCCCUGACCAUCAUUGCCUGCAGUAGUCUGUGCGAAGAUGUUCGUUUAGCAGCAUUUACCGUUCUUUCAAGAUUUUACUUCCAUUUGGAGGCUACAAGUUCAAAGGAAAAGUUAUUGUGGAUGAAUUUCAUCGAUUCGUUGCGCAAUGGAAUUUUCCGAAACGAGUUGGCAUUGGAAAGUAUACGACUUAACGGUUUCCUGGCGACCUUUCUGGCUCGAACAAGCUUUAUCAUGACUCAGCCUCUGAACCCCCUCUACUCUACCCUUCAAUCCUUUCUUAUGGCUAAAUCAGCGUUAGAUCUUAACACAAUACCCGAGUUGCUGCAAUUGUAUUAUAGUUCGGAAAUUGACUAUCAAGCGCAUAGGCAUUGGAUACUCGAAGUUAUUUCCGAUGGUUUGAAAAGCGAUCUCGACAUGGAUGUUGCAUUAAGAUGUGUCUUAUUUAAAAUGUUGUUCGAUUUUCACAGCUCAACAUUAUCCGAUAUACAAUCGAAGAAUCUUAUUCUUCAAAUAAUAAGGUCUGCGACGAAAUUGUUAAAGCCGUGUAUGAUACUUGUAAAUGGAUAUUCCUUAUUACCGUGGUUGCUUACGAUUACCCAAAGCCUUAACAAAGGCGAUAUAGGAUCUACCGUUUGCAUAAUCGAUAUUGUGAAUAAUAUUCUAUUUGCAUUCGAUGAGAGCAAAUCAAAGGAUACGCAUCAUUAUUUGAUGCUGGUAAAGACACUUUUGUAUUUGAUGAUGUCCUUUGGCAAAAAUUUAACAUUAGAAUGUUUGAAAAGCUUUAUCGAUGCUUUGAGGAAAGCAAUAAUAAAUAAAGCUGUUUGUAAUGCAUUUACAAAAGAUAAAAUGAUAUCUGUAAUUAAUAGUUGUAAAAUAUUAUUGGGAAAUGUAGAUGAAUGCGAAUCCAUUUUACAAUUUGGUUGUAAAUUUGUCAAGAAAAAAAAUCAUAUUAAUUGUAAUGUUGAUUUAUCACUUCAAGAGAGCUUGUACCAAUUGAUUACAACAUGGUACGGUUAUUUACUGGGUGGUGCCAAGUACCGUGGAAAAUCUGCAAACGAUGCUAAAAUAAUACUGAAUUUGUCGCAAAACGGAGAGUCGCAUCCUUUGAAAAAAAAUGGACAUCCUCGAGGACACGCGUCAAACUCAAUAGCCACCGGGCACACUGAUUCCGUGGAAAAUUAUUCCAUAGGGACAUGGAAAACUGGCUUCCUUUCUCAAUCCGAUCAAAACUACUUGGCCCACUUGGCUUUGCGUACGGUUUCUGCACAGGAUCAAAUGGAAGUACUGAACGAUAGUAAAAACUUUCAAGUAACGACUGCGAUUAAAGCUAAAGAUUUGGAUGCGGAUACAGAUGAGCUUCCAAAGAUGCAAGAGUGGCUGAACGGAAAUAAAAUAGGAGAUCCAUAUAAGAUACACGAAUUGCUCAUAAUAAUGAAACAUUUUUAUAAGAAACACAACGAUGAGAAACACGAUGUUUUUGUCUGCACUUUCUAUCCAAAAGCCUAA